AUGGCAGCGGGAGUAGCCGCCUGGCUCCCGUUUGCCCGGGCGGCCGCUAUCGGAUGGAUGCCGGUGGCCAGCCAGCCCAUGCCCGCCGCCCCCAGCGAGAGGAAGCGGCCCCAGGACGGGCUGGUCAUCCUGAAUGUGAGCGGCAGGCGCUUCCAGACGUGGAGGAGCACUUUGGAGAGGUACCCGGACACUCUGCUGGGCAGCUCGGAGAAAGACUUCUUCUACAACGAGGAGAUCCGCGAGUAUUUCUUCGACCGGGACCCUGACAUCUUCAGGAGCAUCUUGAAUUUUUACCGGACCGGCAAGCUGCACUACCCGAGGCACGAGUGCAUCUCGGCUUACGACGAGGAGCUCUCCUUCUUCGGCAUCAUCCCGGAGAUCAUCGGCGACUGCUGCUACGAAGAGUACAAGGACCGAAAGCGGGAAAACAUCGAGCGGAUCAUGGACGACGCCGAGGACGACAUCAGCAGCGAGAACCGGCUGCCGUCCAUGACCGCCCGCCAAAAGGUGUGGCGGGCUUUCGAGAACCCCCACACCAGCACCCUGGCGCUCGUCUUCUACUACGUGACGGGCUUCUUCAUCGCGGUGUCGGUGAUGGCCAACGUGGUGGAGACGGUGCCGUGCGGCUCGCUGCCGGGCAGUGUGAAGGAGUUGCCGUGCGGCGAGCGCUACGCCCUGGCCUUCUUCUGCCUGGAUACAGCGUGCGUCAUGAUCUUCACGGUCGAGUACCUGCUCCGCCUCGUGGCGGCCCCCAGCCGUUACCGCUUCGUGCGCAGUGUCAUGAGCAUCAUCGACGUGGUCGCCAUCAUGCCCUACUACAUCGGCCUGGUCAUGACCGACAACGAGGAUGUCAGCGGCGCCUUCGUCACCCUGCGCGUUUUCCGCGUCUUCAGGAUAUUCAAGUUCUCCCGCCACUCGCAGGGCCUGCGCAUCCUGGGCUACACCCUCAAGAGCUGCGCCUCGGAGCUCGGCUUCCUCCUCUUCUCCCUCACCAUGGCCAUCAUCAUCUUCGCCACCGUCAUGUUCUACGCCGAGAAGGGCUCCUCCGCCACCAAGUUCACCAGCAUCCCGGCCGCCUUCUGGUACACCAUCGUCACCAUGACCACCCUGGGGUAUGGUGACAUGGUACCAAAGACCAUUGCUGGGAAGAUUUUUGGUUCUAUCUGCUCUUUGAGUGGUGUGUUGGUUAUUGCCUUACCUGUCCCCGUGAUUGUCUCAAACUUCAGCCGCAUCUACCAUCAAAACCAACGGGCAGAUAAACGCAAAGCACAGAAGAAAGCCAGACUUGCAAGAAUCCGAGUGGCAAAGAGUGGGAGUGCAAGUGCUUAUAUGCAGAGCAAGCACAAUGGCUUACUAAGUGAUUCACUGGAGCAGAUGUCUAACGAUGAAGAACAAGCCCUAGUUAGCAAGUCAGGGUCUUCAUUUCAGAGGCAGCAUCACCAUCUCUUACACUGUUUGGAAAAAACUACGGGAUUGUCCUAUCUUGUGGAUGAUCCCCUCUUAUCAAUUCGGUCUUCAACAUCUAUUAAGAAUCAUGACUUUGUGGAUGAACAAACAUACGAAGAGAAUUGUCUAGAGGGAUCCACAAGAAAUCGAUCAAAUUCACACAGCCCUUCUCUCUCAUCUCACCAUGGUUUAACAGGAACAUGUUGCUCAAGACGCAGCAAAAAGCCUUUCCGGCUCCCAAAUUCCAACAUUACUUGCAGUCACCCUGGAAGUGUACAGGAGCUCAGCACCAUUCAGAUCCGAUGUGUACAGCAGAGUGCACUCUCCAAUAGCCGAUCCAGCUUGAAUGCAAACAUAGAGGAAAGUGUCAAACUAAAUUGUGAGAAACCCUAUAUAACAACAGCAGUAAUAAGCAUGCCCAGCCUGCCUGCUACAACACCCGAAGGAGAUGACAGGUCUGACUCUCCAGAUCAAGCAGAAACCAACAUUGUAAAAGUGUCAGCACUGUAA